UUUUCAGCAAGGAAGGCUAAAGCCCGAAUAAACUUUACUGCGUGGAGACGCUGGGAGUAGUGGCGGGUGCUAGAAUGGCGGAUCCGUCUACACAGGCCUCCUUACAACCCCGGCCUCAACAGACUCAGUCCAGCGGGACAACUGGGUCAAAUGCAAUGCCUGGAUCCGCGAAUUGUGAUCCAGCCAGGCCGGGUCUUAGCCAACAACAACGGGCCAGUCAAAAGAAAGCGCAAGUUCGAGCGUUUCCACGGGCGAAAAAGCUUGAGAAACUCGGAGUCUUUUCGGCUUGUAAGGCCAAUGACUCAUGCAAGUGCAAUGGUUGGAAGAACCCUCAUCCACCCACUGCCACCCGCAUGGACCUCCAGCAGCAAGCGGCAAGCCUGAGUGAGCCAUGCCGCAGCUGUGGCCACGCUCUGGCGGACCAUGUGUCCCACUUGGAGAAUGUGUCGGAGGAGGAAAUCAACCGACUGCUGGGCAUGGUAGUGGACGUGGAGAAUCUCUUCAUGUCCGUCCAUAAGGAGGAGGACACUGACACCAAGCAGGUCUACUUCUACCUCUUCAAGCUGCUCAGGAAAUGUAUCCUGCAGAUGAGCCAGCCCAUAGUGGAGGGGUCCCUGGGGAGCCCCCCCUUUGAGAAGCCCAAUAUUGAGCAGGGAGUGUUGAACUUUGUCCAGUACAAGUUCAGCCACUUGCCACCCAAAGAGAGGCAGACCAUGUUUGAGCUUUCCAAGAUGUUCCUCCUCUGCCUCAACUACUGGAAGCUGGAGACGCCCACGCAGUUUCGCCAGCGCUCCCAGAAGGACGACGGCACGGCCUAUAAGGUGGACUACACCAGGUGGCUCUGCUACUGCCACGUGCCGCAGAGCAACGACAGCCUGCCGCGCUACGAGACCACGCACGUGUUCGGCCGCAGCCUGCUCAAGUCCAUCUUCACCGUCACGCGCCGGCAGCUGCUGGAGAAGUUCCGCGUGGAGAAGGACAAGCUGCUCCCCGAGAAACGCACCCUCAUACUCACGCACUUCCCCAAGUUCCUGUCCAUGCUGGAGGAGGAGAUAUAUGGGGAAAACUCGCCCAUCUGGGAGGCAGACUUCACCAUGCCUGCUUCUGAGGGAGCGCAGCUGGGACAUCCCACAGUGAUCAGCCCAGCCGCUGUGUCCAGCACUCCUGCUUUCACCAAGAGCAACAGCUGCAGCUCCUCCCUGGGCACCAUCAGCCUGGACACUGUGGUGGCAGAGCCCAAGACCGGAGAGAAACGGAAGCUUCCGGAGGCCCUGACGCUGGAAGACGCAAAGCGGAUCCGGGUCAUGGGAGACAUCCCCAUGGAGCUGGUGAACGAGGUCAUGAUGACCAUCACCGACCCUGCCGCCAUGCUGGGCCCUGAGACCAGUUUGCUGUCGGCCAACGCGGCACGGGAUGAGACGGCAAGGCUGGAGGAGAGGCGGGGAAUCAUCGAAUUCCACGUCAUCGGGAACUCGCUCUCCCAGAAAUCCAACAAGAAGAUCCUGAUGUGGCUGGUGGGUUUGCAGAACGUCUUCUCCCACCAGCUACCCCGCAUGCCUAAGGAGUACAUCACCAGGCUGGUGUUUGAUCCGAAGCACAAGACCCUGGCCCUGAUAAAAGAUGGCCGUGUCAUAGGAGGGAUCUGCUUCAGGAUGUUCCCCACUCAAGGCUUCACGGAGAUCGUCUUCUGCGCCGUCACCUCCAACGAGCAGGUCAAGGGCUACGGGACCCACCUGAUGAACCACUUAAAGGAGUAUCACAUCAAGCACAGCAUCCUGUACUUCCUCACCUACGCCGACGAGUACGCCAUUGGCUACUUCAAGAAGCAGGGUUUUUCCAAAGAUAUCAAAGUGCCAAAGAGCCGCUACCUGGGGUACAUCAAGGACUACGAGGGGGCGACCCUGAUGGAGUGCGAGCUCAAUCCCAGAAUCCCCUACACGGAACUCUCUCACAUCAUCAAGAGGCAGAAAGAGAUCAUCAAGAAGCUGAUCGAGAGGAAGCAGAGCCAGAUCAGGAAGGUGUAUCCGGGCCUGACCUGUUUCAAAGAGGGCGUGCGGCAGAUCCCCGUGGAGAGCAUACCUGGCAUCCGCGAGACUGGAUGGAAGCCUAGUGGGAAGGAGAAAUGCAAGGAGUUGAAAGAUCCUGACCUUCUGUACAACAUGCUGAAGAACCUGCUUGCUCAAAUUAAGACACACCCGGACGCCUGGCCCUUCAUGGAGCCUGUGAAGAAAGCAGAGGCCCACGAUUACUACGAAAUCAUUCGCUUUCCCAUUGGUAAGAUUGUCUUGUCCUUGCUCGGUCCCCAUUUUCAUUAGCCCAGAGUCCUGCCCGUUAGCCAUUUCUGUGUCC